CUUUGAGUAUAGCCGUAGCCGUUUCAACAUUUAACGCCACUCGCCGCCCUCGUCUCUUCACUUUCCGAAACCCUCCUACUUCUUCUCCCCUUCGUUCAUCCCUCCUCCUUCCAGCCUUCAAACUCAAGAGAUUCUCCAUCUUCUCAUCUCAAAAACCGCCACCGGCGCUAGGGUUUUACGCCGGAGUUACAACAAUGGUGGAGAAACCAGCAUCUCCGCCGUCGUCAGUCCAAGUGAAGGACCAUAUUGAUUUAACGGAACAUGAGGAGAAGAUAUUCAACUGUCUUCUUCAAGUUGUCGAGCAAUUUAAUCUCAAAACACAGCUUCGUGUUGCUGGCGGUUGGGUUCGCGAUAAGCUGCUAGGUGAUGAAUGCUUUGAUAUUGAUAUUGCUCUAGACAACAUGUAUGGACGAGAAUUCUGUGAGAAAGUGAAUGAGUACUUAUCAGCAUCAGGUGAGGAAACCCAAGGAGUUGGUGUAAUCCAGUGCAAUCCCGAACAGUCAAAGCACUUGGAAACAGCAAGGAUGCGCCUUUAUGACGUAUGGAUUGAUUUCGUCAACUUAAGAGCGGAAGACUACAGUGAGAACAGUCGUAUUCCAACAAUGAAAUUUGGCACUGCAAAAGAGGAUGCAGAUCGCAGGGAUUUGACCAUUAAUAGCUUGUUUUACAACAUAAACACCAAGUCAGUCGAAGAUUUUACAGAAAGAGGCAUUGCAGAUCUGAAGUCUGGAAAAAUUGUCACCCCACUACCUCCAAAGCAGACCUUUUUGGAUGAUCCCCUAAGAGUCCUUCGAGCUGUUCGUUUUGGUGCAAGGUUUGGGUUUAUGUUAGAUGAAGAACUAAAGAAGGCAGCUGCUGAUGAGGAUGUGAGGGCUGCUAUUGCUGAUAAAAUUAGCAGAGAACGCAUAGGACAUGAAAUUGAUCUUAUGAUAUCUGGCAAACAACCAGUCAAAGCAAUGACUUAUAUUGCUGACUUGAAUUUAUUUUGGGCUGUAUUUAGUAUUCCUACUGAUUUUGAACCAUCAAUUCCUGAGGAAUGUGAUAGGCUGUGUAUUGCUUGCUUGGAUUUAGCUUGGGGGCUUUUAAACUUAAUUGGAUGGUCCUCAUUUUCUGUUGAUCAAAGGAGACUUUGCCUGUAUGCUGCUUUAUUUCUGCCAUUCAGAGAGACCAUUUAUAGAGAUAACAAAGCCAAAAAGAUUCCAGUUGUCAACUAUUUUUUUCGCAAUUCUCUCAAGUUGAAGGCCAGUGAUGCGGAAACAGUCAUAAGCUUGCAUGCUGCAACCAAGAAGUUUGUCACCUUAAUUCCAUCACUUGUUUCUAAAGAAGAUAUCAAAGUUCUAGAAGUUGAUUGGAAAGAUACCAUUGAGGUUCCAAUUGCUUCAAAACUUAGAAUAUUGGCUGGACUGCUACUUCGAGAAAUUAAACAAUUUUGGCGCGUUGCUCUUCUUCUAUCUAUGCAAUUACAUCCCGUUGACAUUGUGUCCUCUACAAGCUUCUCAAAGGAGAACUUUGAACUGGACAAGAGAAGUGGAUUAUUCAAGUCAGUAGAGAAUGCAGUGGGAGCGCUAGGUCUGGAAAAGGUUUGGGAAUUGAAACCUUUGGUUAAUGGAAAGGAAAUUAUGAACAUUUUGCAGAUUGAAAGUGGAGGGCCAGUUGUUAGAGAAUGGCAACAAAAAUUGCUGGAGUGGCAGCUCGCACAUCCUUCUGGUACUGCUGAAGAGUGCCUUGAUUGGAUGAAGCAAACACAGUCAAAACGUGCAAGAACUGAGUAGUUUUAUUUUCGCAGUGUGCAUCCAGUAGUUGAUAGCAGUUCAGAAUCCAGAUUUUCCUCAUUCACCUCUUACCAGGCACUGCCUGUGCAUUUGUAUAGCUUCUAAUGAUUGUAUAGUGAUGCUAAAAGACUUGUCAGAUAGGAGUCCUUUAAAUAGUACAGAGCUGAGUUGAAGUUGGUCAUGUCUGAAAAUUUUUCUAUAUUUAUCAGGUGGAAGAAAAAAGAUUUUAGCAGGAGGAAGAGGUUGAGUUUCGUAUCAUGACUAGGCUGUCAUCUAGUGGUAUUAUCAAGAUUUUCCUAUUUUUGUUACUUGUACUCCUUAUUAUAACUUUUGAAGGUAGAUAGGGGCAGGGAUGGGGUUGUGUUUCCUCUGCCUAAAGCGAUGACUGUAAAAUAGCUACAAUAAUGCAGUUUUGAUCUUCUUCAAGCACAUCAGAGCUAAAGCUUCUUACAGGUUUUAGUGAACAGCUAGUUUUACUGGGAGUCAAUGUAGUGGUGAUUUGUCUCCUGGCUUUUUUGUAACCUGAAGUUAAUUUUCCUUGGAAACCUAAAUUUUGCUGUA